AUGGAUUACUCGCAGGCCACCUACUUCCCGGGCGCCCAGCCAUACCAGUUCAUCGGCAUGCCGCCCUUGACGCCGUCACAUUCCACCUCGGGGCCGUCUGAAGAUUUCAACACGACCUCACCUCCAGACGUCUACUCCGAGUACCCAAACGACCAGUACGCGGCAAAUUUCGACGGCUACCCUUCGGGCUUCAGCCACGGCCUCCCCGACCAGCAGCACCACCAGCCCGCCCCGGGGGGCGGCGUCUUCCCCGUCGCCGGCCCGCCGACGCCGCCCAACAACAACGCCCUGCACGCGUCGCACGCCCACGCCGCCCAGGUACUCAACGGCGGGGCCGUGCCGCCGCAGCACCAGGCGGCGGCGCCCGGCGGGGUGCUGCCCAAGGAGGAGUUGCUGGACGAGCAGCUGGCCAACAGCCGGAGGGGAGGGUCGCAGUCGGGCGAGGAGGGGGACAAGCUGACGCCGACCCAGCACAAGCGCAAGGCACAGAACCGAGCUGCUCAACGAGCAUUCCGCGAGCGCAAGGAGCGUCACGUCAAGGACCUCGAGGCCAAGCUCGCGUCGCUCGAGGCGGCCCAGCAGCAGGCAACAACCGAAAACGAAAGACUCAAGCGGGACCUGCAAAAGGUCAGCACCGAGAACGAGAUACUACGGGCGACGUCGUCGCUGUCCGGGGCCGGCAGCCCAAACGGCAGCUCCGGGAGGGGGGGCGGCGGCGGCGGCUCUUUGGGCGGCGGCAACGAUUCCACCUCGACGGCCCAACUAACGACGGGCCCCAUGACGUACAACCCGACCGACUUUUACUCGGACCUGCUCGCGGGCCACGACAACAAGACGCUCAACCACCGCAUCGUGCUGAGCGACUCGGGCGAGCGCCUCUACGACGCGAGCGCCACGUGGGAGUACAUAAUCAACCACGACCUCUUCAAGGCCAACCGCCUCGACAUUGCAGACAUUAGCAACCGCCUCAAGGGCCGCGCCAAGUGCGACGGCCAGGGGCCCGUCUUUGAGGAGGGCGCCAUACGCGACGCCCUUGAGCAGAGCAUGGCCUCGGGCAGCGACUCGCUAUUAUGA